AUGAGCCUCGCUCUUGUAUACUAUUGCAUCAAAUACAUUCUUGAAAGCAACCUGGUUCUGUUUAACACUUGAAUUUUUUUUUUUUAAAGAAAGGCAGUCGCUUCGAGAGAGGGUGUAUGCGCUUUUUCCUUUCCUUUUUUUAUAUUCUUACAUUCCUGGACACCAAUCAAAAGAGCAAAUCACGGGAGGUGGAAGAGAGGGGAGAGAGAGAGAGAGAGCAAGAGAGAGCGUGGUGAAAACUUUGCGCACAUAACAAAAAAAGAAAAGAAAAAAAAGUACAGACAGCUUUUCCCACCUAACACCCAGCAAACACAAACCAAAACAAAUAGGCAAAAGGGAGAGAUAGAAAAGAGAGAGAGAGAGAGAGAGAGAGAGAAGAACGGAACUGAACGGAACCUAGGGCAGAGCCAGCUGGGGAGAAAGGCAAUUUUUCACUCCGCAUCGGGGAUCUGCAGCGAAUAUUCGGGGGGAAACCGUUUGCCUGCUAACCCACAACGUCGCCCCCAGCCCACACUCUGAGUCUACUAUGCUAUGUGUUGCUGGGGGGAGUCCAGGAGAUUCGUGGGGGAUCCUUGCCUUCCUGUGUGCCACGCUCUGGAACCUGCCUGUGGUGCUCGCACUGAACAACACGGACCAACUGGCCACCAGACACUCCAUCCAGCAGAUGUAUGACCUCACUCGCUAUCUGGAACACCAGCUGCACACGCUUGCGGCUUCUUAUCUCAACUACUUAGGGCCGCCUUUCAAUGAACCAGACUUUGACCCUCCCCGGACAAUUGGGGCAAAAGCCGUGCCAAGUGCUACUGUGGACAUCCAGGAGUGGCACAGCCUGAACGAUAAUGCACGGCUAGCGGCCAAUUACCAGGCAUACAGCCACCUGCUGUGCCACCUUAGGACCAUGGAUGGAGCAGAUGCAGCUGCCGUGCCAACUUUGCAUCACAGCCUAGCCCACUUCCGUGCCAGCCUGCAAGGGCUGCUGGGCUCUAUUGGUGGCAUCAUGGCAGCCCUGGGAUACUCACUCCCCACUCCAGAGCCACCACCUAUUACGCCCAAGCCUGUUCCUCCUAACUUCCUACGUAAGAUGGAUGACUUCUGGCUACUUAAAGAGCUGCAGACAUGGCUGUGGCGCUCGGCCAAGGACUUCAACAGGCUGCGCAAGAGGGUGCCACCUUCUGCUGUUAUGCUGCAUCUUGAAAGCAGGCGCUUCUGACCCUUGUCCUCUGCCACUCUUUCUUCACCUCAUCCACUGUUGUCAUAACUGUCACUCAAGGGCUAGAGGUUCUCAAAGCCUCCAAAUCCAUACAGUGUCCUCCUUACCCAUCACAUAUACAUACACUCUCAAGGCCCUUCCACACAGCCAUAUAACCCAGAAUAUCAAGGCAGAUAAUCUACAGUAUCUUCUUUGAUCUAGGUUAACUGAGUACACAUUGCCAUAUAAUCCAGUUCAAAACAGAUAAUGUGACAUUGUAUACAGCUGUGUCGAAGGGGCCUCAACUGUUUUCAAAAUUGUACCAGCCCCCCACACUUUCAUGGUGCUGCACUGCUCUCUGUUGGGAAGUUGUGCCUUAGGUGAGCAAACCCAUUCCACUAACCCCUUUUCCUUUUGUUCUUUGUUCCUUCCUCCUGCUGAGUGUCCUAUAUUUCCUCAUACUCUUCCCAGAGGGGGCCAUUAAUUCCUUCAGAAGUAGAGGAAGAACUGUAUUCCCUCCUCCCGCCUCAGUGAUGAGCAAUAAAGCCCUGGCUGCAGGGCAGCUAACAUCUGGCAGCCUGCACCUCUGACACUCUACCCUCCAUAAAUUGCUUAGUCUCUCCCAAUCUUGCUCUCUCUUUAAAGGCAAUGCCAAUUAGGGACUCUGAAGGGGCUUUACCGAUCAGGCAGUUUUUGUGGGAACGCCAGCUUGUUCACGAGGAUGCCUAGGCUGGCCUUCUAGCGAGGCCAUAAACUCUAGGGGCAAUCUUAACCAGGAAGGCUGCUCAACAGGCGGUGGUAACAUGAGGCACAAAACUUAAGGGGACAUGAUUAAAUGCAGGCAGUGGUGGUGAUUUUCAUCAGAUUCCCCCUCCCUUACAGCUGCUCCCCUCAUUCCCGCAAUUCCAAUCACAAUCCCAGUGGCCAAGUAAAAAGCCUCCCUCCAUUCCAGCUGUUUAUUCAUGCCAUGUUCAUUGAGUCCAAGAGCUACAACAUAAUGUGGUAUUGGGGCCAUCAUCGAAGCCAGCCCCAGCAGGGAUAACCGCCUGCCUGUACCUCUCCCUGCAAUGCCAUGGCAGGUGGGCCUGGUGAGGCUGUGCAGUUUACACUGUCACCGGCAGGGGAAGAAAGGGAGGAAUUUCCCCAUGCGACCCCAAUCCUUACUCUCUAUCCCCCACCAUUCGCUCUGCCCCUUCCUCCCCCUCUCCCUCCUCCCUACUGUCAGGUUGUUUUAUUCUCAGUUUGUCUGUAUUAAUAUUUAUUUAUUUUCAGAUGUUAUUUAUUAGAUUGUAUUUAUUGCAGAAUUUCUAUUCUUGUAUUAACGAAUAAAAGGCUUUCUCCAGAA